AUAUUUCCAUAUGGCUGGUUUGGAUUUAGGCACUGCUUCUCGUUACAUCCAUCAUCAACAACAACAACAACAUCUUUCCGACUUGCAACUUCAUUCAACUCACUCGGAAAACAAUCACCUUUUCUCCCACCAGAAUCAAGACCAUGAUGAUCAAGAUCAAGAUCAAGACCAUGAACUUGUGUCACCCAACUCCGGUGGUGGUGGUGUUGCUGGUGGUGGUGGUGGUUCUGGGUCUGGUGACAUCAUAGGUAGGCGGCCUAGAGGCCGUCCAGCCGGAUCGAAAAACAAACCAAAACCACCAGUUAUCAUCACUAGAGAAAGUGCCAACACUCUAAGAGCACACAUAUUGGAAAUAGGAAACGGUUGUGAUGUGUUUGACUGCAUAGCAACUUAUGCUAGAAGAAGGCAAAGAGGGAUUUGUAUACUCUCCGGUAGCGGUAUUGUUACUAAUGUAAGCCUCAGGCAACCAGCUGCUGCUGGGUCUGUCAUGGCCCUUCAUGGCCGGUUUGAGAUUUUAUCUCUUACUGGUUCUUUUUUACCACCACCUGCACCACCAGGAGCCACUAGUUUGACUAUAUUUCUGGCUGGUGGACAAGGGCAGGUGGUUGGUGGUAACGUGGCGGGAGAGUUGACUGCGGCUGGGCCGGUUAUUGUUAUUGCUUCAUCUUUCACUAAUGUUGCAUAUGAAAGACUUCCUUUGGAAGAUGAUGAUCCUGAAGUUGAAGGGCUGCAGAUGCAACCACCAGCUAACGGUGGCAGUGGCGGCGGCGGCGGUGGUGGUGGUGGUGGAGGGAUAACUAGUAGCAACCCGUUUCCGGAUCCGUCUUCUGGACUACCAUUUUUUAACCUACCGGUUAAUAUGGGUCCGAAUCAUAUUCAGUUGCCUGCGGAUUAUUCACGGAGUAAUAAUGGUAAUCCGUUUUAAUAUCGAUGUUUGUUUGGAUCGGGUUAGUUAGUUUAAUUUCUUUUGGAUCAUAAACAAUGUUUACUUGAACUUACUGCAUCAUCAAACUAUCUUGUUAUCUUUGGUUUUCUUUAAUCUUUUUUCUUGAUUUCUUUGUGUUUUUGUAACUUUAUAUGUUAUGUGAAAAUUAAUAGGUUCUUUUUUAACAAA